GGAUUUUGGCAAGUCGAGCUAGAUGAAGAGAGUAAAGAUAAAACAGCUUUUGUAACACAUGAAGGUAUUUUUCAGUUUAAUGUGAUGCCGUUUGGGCUCACUAAUGCGCCAGCAACAUUCCAGCGACAGUUGGUUUCCUAGGACUAACCGGCUAUUAUAGGCGAUUUAUCAAAAAUUAUGCAGAAGUUGCAGAACCUUUGUUUAAUUCUAUUCGAGAAAAACACAAUCCAAUUUUCAACUGCUCUGUACCAUCCGCAAUCUAACUUAUCUGAGCGUGUUAAUAGAACAUUAAAGCCAAUGUUUCGCACAAAAAGAUAAGCAAUCCUGGGAUAUCAGAUUGCCACAGUUAGCAUUAGCCGUUCGAACAGCCAUAAAUGAAUCGACAGGUCAGACGCCUGCAUUCUUAAUGUAUGGACGUGAGCUUAGAUUACCUCUUGAUCUAAUGUAUGGUCUAGGAGUCGAUUCUCUAGAUGAAUUAAGAUCAGCUAAGGAAGUGAGAACUUACAGUAAACGUCAGAAAGCAAUUUUAGAGUCGGCAUAUAAAUCGGCUAGAGAGAAUAUUGAAAUUGCCCAAGAAAAUCAGAAAUUAUCGUAUGAUUCGCAUCGCAGAAAUGUAAAAUUUAGCGUAGGUGAGAAAGUUUUGAUGGCAAAUACUGCUGGUUCCGCGCUAGGUAAAUGGGCAACACCUAAGCUAGCCGCUAAAUUUGUCGGUCCUUAUCGGAUCACACGCAAACUUGGUCCGUUAGAUUAUGAGUUGGUUUCUGAAGAGGAUAAUGCCGUGUUAAGUCAAGCUCAUGUCGAGCGAUUAAGACCAUAUCAUGAAUAA